AUUCAUGGACAUGACUGUGUAUAUUAGUGAGAAAUGACAUUGAAUAUGUUGGUUUUCUUUGAAGAUUAUAAUUAGAUACUCUUCAUGUACCAUACACAUAGAAGAAAUUAGAAAUAAACAAAAAUAUCUAUACUUAGAAUGAGGAAGAAUUACAUGACCAUAUAAGGAAAUAAAGGAACAUAUUUUUCGUCAGUUAAUCUGAUAAAAGGUUUAGAUGGGGAAUUUAAAAACUUAAGAAAGAGCACACGGUUUGGUUAAAUUUUAGUAAAGCAGCAUGAAUAAUUUGAACAUUUCAAGGACUGUUAGUUUCAUAAUAUAAUUAAUGUUGUGAACUUGUGAUGUUCUUUAUUGCUCAACGCUGUGGAUAUAUUUAAAUGCAUUGACUUUCAUUGCUUUAAGGAAUUGUUCUUAUCAGACUGUACGUGAGUUGUGAGGUAGACUAGGUCUGGGAUCCCGGGAUGGGAAAUCUCCUUAAAAUACUCUCCAGUAAGGAUGCCAAUAGAGAUGACUUUUACAACGUCUUCGUGGACUUUGAAAAUUGCCAGCCGACAGAGAGUGAAUUAAGUGUAUACGAUAAGAUACAGGUGGUGCUGGAUGAAGCGCAGAAGAUCUUAGACCGACUCAAGAAAUACACAGGGGCUGCAGAGGUCAUAAGAAAUGCAAUACAGAACCCCCGGGAUGAUGGCAUGCAGGAUAGGGCCUGGACAGACGUGCAGCCUCUAGUAGAGGAACUCAAGAAAUACUAUGAAUUCUCACUCAUGCUCGAGAUCAAUGUUCCUCUUCUGCUGGAUGCACUGUGCUCCAAAGAUAUGACAGCCAAAGAGCAUCUUGAGGGACAGCAGGCCCUCUUCAAACAGUUUGCUGAGAUUCUUGACUUCGUUCUCAAGUUUGAUGAUUUGAAGAUGACAAACCCCGUGAUACAGAAUGACUUUAGCUACUACAGACGAACACAGAGCCGGCGUAGAAUGGUGACAUCGGAUAAAAAGGAGGUUGCGGAGGGUGUUCCACAUGAGAUAGCCAACAGAAUGUCACUGUUUUACGCCCAGGCCACACCCAUGCUGAAAAUGCUCAGUGACACCACAUCAACAUUCGUCUCACUGCAUAAAGAUCUUCCUGUAGAAAAUACAACAGACUGUUUGAGCACCAUGGCCAACAUCUGUAGAGUUAUGAUUGAAAACCCUGGGUUUUGUUCACGAAUUACAAAUGAGAACACCAAGCUGUUUUGUUUACGGGUGAUGGUCGGGGUCAUUAUCCUUUACGACCACGUGCAUCCGGUCGGGGCGUUUGCUAAGAGCUCAGGCAUAGAUAUGAAAAGCUCAAUUAAAUUAUUAAAAGAACAAAAAGAAAAUGGCCGCCAAGUUGAAGGUCUACUAAAUGCUUUAAGGUAUACAACGAAGCACCUCCAGGAAGAAACUACACCAAAGUCUGUAAAGCAAAUGCUUGGCUAGUUUGGCCUACAAUCUUCACCAUUCAUACAUGUAUAGGGAUUUCAUUUAACCAUGGUCGUCAGGACAUAAGAUGAUCAGUUUUAGCAAAUAUAUGGCAGUUUUUUCUUGUGUAUUCUUUAGGAAAUUGGAAAGAAGAAAACGAUGAAUGCCAAAUCAUCUUACUUCAUUAGGCGAUUCAAUGCACGUGAUAUGAGCCACAUCACAUGAUUUUGGGCCUAAAGACAUACAUUUUCUUUUAUUGUUUUAUUUUGUUUUUCAAUGAAAGAACAUUUAUGGAAGCUGUGCUAAAAAUUUGAAAACUUUAUCUCCAAAUUGUCUAACAAACAUGUUAAAAAGUAAGAAUAUGUAUUGCUCAUUUUUUAUACACACGCAUUAUAAGCUUAUUAAAUUCCAAUUAGCUUAUAAUUUGAGUUUUUAUCCCUUUUAGUAAUUGAAGGAAAUUAAAGGACAGAUGAUUUGUUUAGAAUUUUCAAACAAUUGGGGCCCUUUAAAACUGAUACAAUGAGGGCGGUCAAAAUAAGUGGGACAAAAGCUUUGGUUGCUAUGGUAAUAUUAGAUAAGUAACUGUUAUAAACCGUUAAGAAAAUGAAGCACCAGCGACAAUCCUUUUAAAAAAGAAGGAAUUAAAACACAUUGAAAAAAAAUUAGUAUUGUAGGCAUUAUAUUGCUUGUUAUAAGUAUGUCUGAAGGUCCAAAUUGUGCGAUGCGGCUCUAAUAUAGUAUAUCAUAAGAUGGUAUCAAAGACUUGUUGCUGAAAUAUGUGCCAAUUUUUUGUUAUGUGACCAACUUUAGUAAAGAAUUGUAUGUCAGUUUUAGAUAGUCUAGAUAAUGAAAGAUAUAGUUGAAGUCUUCUCAGAGCCUUCAUAUCAGAGCUUUGUAUUGUUGUUAGGUAUAACAUCAUCAUGCAAAAACUAAACCCUAAACCAUUUCUCAAAAACCAUUCAUUGAAAGACCAGAAACAAUACACACAUGUUCAAAAAGGUCUAUAUCACUGGCUUUAUAUUUACUCAGUUACAUCCCUUUUUCGACUGCUCUUGUUGUUCCAUGUUAUCAGCCAUGUUCAUUCAUUUCACUUAGCUAAAUAUGAGACUGCUACUAUAGCCAGCUCUGUAAUAAAUAUAGUUAUAUUAUAAAAUGUGUGUUGACAUGAGUUUGAGACAAUAGGGAGGUUGAGAAGCAGGACGUGCAUGUGUUCUUGCGUGUGUGGCUACAGUGCAGGACGUGCAUGUGUUCUUGCGUGGCAGGACGUGCAUGUGUUCUUGCGUGGCAGGACGUGCAUGUGUUCUUGCGUGGCAGGACGUGCAUGUGUUCUUGCGUUGCAGGACGUGCAUGUGUUCUUGCGUGUGUGGCUACAGUUGAUGUUAAAGUCGAAAUAUUACUUUAAACUUGAAGUCUUUGGCGCGCUGAUACUCUCAAAAAUCAUGUUCCUCAUGCUAUUGUACUGUAAAUGUUAUUAUGAACUUGUACAAAGUACACAUACCUGGUUGAUGUAGUGAACAACCAGUAGCCUACACAUACAUGACCCAUACAAGAAGUGGUUCACAACCAGUAGCCUACACAUAAAUGACCCAUAUAUACAAGAAGUGGUUCACAACCAGUAGCCUACACAUUCAUGACCCAUACAAGAAGUGGUUCACAACCAGUAGCCUACACAUACAUGACCCAUACAGGAAGUGGUUCACAACCAGUAGCCUACACAUACAUGUCCCAUACAAGAAGUGGUUCACAACCAGUAGCGUACACAUGCAUGACCCAUACAGGAAGCAGUUCACAACCAGUAGCCUACACAUACAUGUCCCAUACAAGAAGCGGUUCACAACCAGUAGCCUACACAUACAUGACCCAUACAAGAAGUGGUUCUCAACCAGUAGCCUACACAUACAUGACCCAUACAAGAAGUGGUUCUCAACCAGUAGCCUACACAUACAUGACCCAUACAAGAAGUGGUUAACAACCAGUAGCCUACACAUACAUGACCCAUACAAGAAGUGGUACACAACCAGUAGCCUACACAUACAUGACCCAUACUAGAAGUGGUUCACAACCAGUAGCCUACACAUACAUGACCCAUACAAGAAGUGGUUCACAACCAGUAGCCUACACAUACAUGACCCAUACAAGAAGUGGUUCACAACCAGUAGCCUACACAUACAUGACCCAUACAAGAAGUGGUUCACAACCUCUCUUAUACUGUAUAUAUACAUGUAUUAUAUUUAUAUACAUGUGUAGAGUUGACUCGUUCAAAGUGCUUGUUUUGAAGUUGAAUAUAUCCUCUGUAUUAGGUUUGAGUGUUCUGUUUUAUGGUUAUUAUAUGUGUAAUAAAUAUGAAUCAUGAAAAAGAACAAAAAUUGUAUUUAUACUGAAUUUAAAUUGAGAGUUCACAUAAGUUUAUUUCAUUUUGAGGUUUUUGUUACAUGUUUGGCUGGCUGGUGCUUUAGUCAAUACAGUUUGAAAAGAAAACAAAAGGCAGAUAUUACCGCUGUGAUAAUUGGCAUGAUCUUAUUGGUCAAAUUUCGGACAAUUAUUAAAGGCCAACCAGUCUACAAGAAAAUAUUGUAAGAUCAGGAACUUCAGUUAAAAUUUCAGAAACAGUGCAAAUUGGAAUAAAUAUAUUAUAAACCUUUUCAGUCAAGCUAUCUGUUUAAAAUAUAUCUCAUCACAACCAAGAUUAAAAGAUAAAAAAAUAUGAUAUAAAGAAAUGAUAGUUAAUAAGAUGGUCUGAUUUUUUUUGGUCAAAUGUCUUAUAUGGGAUAGAAAAUUUCAAUGAAGUUUUCAAGAAUAAUUGUAUUAAUUUUGUUAGGCUUUGGAAUAAAUCAAGAUUUUCUAAGAUGACAUGUAUAACCAUUUUGUGCUUGUAAGAAUUGUUUUCAUGAUGUGUACCCAUGCUAUGUGCUUAGCAAUACAUGAUUGUAUAAGAAGCUGUAUUAUUUCUGGUGUUUAUAUUACAAUGUUAAUCUUACAUGUAUAGUUUAUAGGUUACAAACGGUGGAUAUAAUGUUCAUAUUUAUUUAUUUUUAGCUCAAAGUGCAUGCAUUCCUAUUAGUAAAACAAUCUGGAGCUAUCAAAAUGGACCAUAAACACUGGACAAUUCUUUAUUUUUCUAGACUGACUCCCAUUUCUAACUUUGAUGGGUGACUACCAAAUUUUAUUUCUUAAAAUGUUAAAAUCAUUUUUUUUUAUAAUUUGUUCACUUGUGUUGGCCGCUUCUUACUAUUACUAAGUAUUAUGGCAAGAGUCCCCUUCAUAAUGUAGAUUUUGUUUUCACAUUUUUUAUACUUUACUGUUUCCUUAUUUCUGGCAGGCUAAUAGAUAUGUUAAUUAAUUCACUGUACAUAUUUUCUCUUGUAACGGAAAACAUUUGAAAAAGGUGGCUUAUCACUGUCCAUUCAUACAACAUACUUUAAUGGCAAAAUAGUCUCAUACGCAGGAGUAGAUUUUAACUUAGUGUUUACACCCAUGUUUCUCAGCCAUUCGGGCCGCUGUGCGGAUUCUGAUUAAAUCAUUUAGAACACUUUAGACGAAUAAUACCGCCUAAUUUACAUUUAGUCAUUUAUUGGUUUCAUGAAGUUGGGAAUUAAAUGGUUCGCGCAUGCUCACAGACUAUUAUAGAGACAUCAACGCCAACACCAAUGCAGUUAUUUGUUUUUGCUUCACUAAACAAUUGAAUCUGCUGGUCUUUUGCCAACUGAAUGAUUUAGUCAGCCUGGCCAAUGGAAUUAUUUAGUAAAGUAGAGAUAAACACUGACUGUUACUUACGAGGAAAAAUAGAACAAAGUCAAGGUGCAUGGCUUUUAAUUGUUAGAUACAUGAUAUGUAUAAUAAUGUAUGUAUUAUGAAUAUACGUGUUGUUUUCAUAUAUUUAGACACUGCAGUUUCACACAGCCAUUGUUUGUUACUGAUAGCUAAAGUUUGUUUUCAAUGAAUUAUGCAAUUUGUAUUUGUUAUAAACAUUAUGCUCAUUUCUAAGGAGACUGUGCCAUACUUAAGAAACAUCAUAUGCAUGUAUGCUCUUUGAACUGUCUUACUUAGGCCAAGAAAAAAUUAUCUUUAAUUUCUGUGAAAUAUGCAUUUUCUAUAUGUUAUAUACAUUAUGCUCAUUUCUAACGAGGCUGUGCCAUACUUAAAAAUAUCGUAUGCAUGUAUGUACUCGGAAAUUCUCUUACUAAGCCCAGAAAAAUCCCUAUUGUUUCUCAGGUACUGAGAAAGUGCAGGAUUAAAAAAAAAAAAAAAAAAACUGAAACAAUUUAUGCAUUUAAAAUAAUUAAAAAUAACAUAUACAUGUACAUGUAUUGAACAAAGUUACACAUAUUUUUAACAUUAUUCAAUAGGAGUUUAUGUGAUUGAUCUCAAAUGAUUUAAAAAAAAAACAACCCAUCUCUUCUCAAAAUCAACCAAUUUAGCCUAAAAAUAUAGGAAUUAGAAUGCUUUUUGUGAAAUGAAAAAUAUGAAGCGGGGUAACGCAAUUAAUGCUGCUUUUCCUGAGAAACCAAAUAUUAAUAUUUUUGGUCUUUAUGAUGUAUGUUUAUGUAAGUUUUGGUGCAAGUUCUCCACCAUUUGCAGUGGUAACAAAAUGCUGACAAUUUUGAAUUUUUUUUUUCUUUUUGAAGAAGUAUUAUUGACUAUUGCUAUAUACUCAAGGCAGUUUUUGGAUGCCCAUAUUUAACCAUUAUACUUUAUCCUAAUUUUGGCAAGAAGUAUGCAUUGAAUAUCAGAGAUUAUUAUAUUUUUUAUCUGUUUGGUCACUGUUGCCAAACUUUGUUGUUCUUUUUGUUGAGGUGUUGCUUCUUGAAAUUAAAAACAAACAUACAAGUAGACAAUGUUGCGAACAUGGUCUGGUAAAAACCUGGUUUUGUUGUGUUUUUUGAUCUGGUCAGGAAUCUCCAAUCUGGGCCUGUAUCAUAGUGAACAUUUUCAACUUGGUGGAAGUUUGCCCUUUUCAUACUAAAAUUUAAAGAGAAACUAACAAUGUUUGAAGACCAAAAAUAUGAAAAUAAACAAGAAAAUGGUUAAAAUAACAAGUACAUCUGAAUUUUUUAUGAUGAAAAGCAGAUGGAAUAGUCUUUGUCAAAUAUUGGGAUAUUUUCUCUAAGUUGAUAAUUUUCACCAAGAUGCUUUAUAAAUAUAGCGCCUGAUAUUUAUUUCAUUUUCCAUUCUUAAGUGACCUUUUUUUCUCACCCUAACUGCUUCUAAACUAAGAUUCACCAGAUCUGGCCCCAAAAUCUCAAACAGUUUUACCACUGGGUCCCUUAUAACAGGAUUAAGCAAAGCAAAUCAAGCUUGUCUUAGUACAACUGAUGUAAUAUUUUCAUUUUGAGCGUCAGGAAAUUAUCUUUAUGAUUAACUUGAUCAAGUACUUAAAUUUUGUUGAACUGAGCUUAAGUAAGAAAUACUGCUAAUUGAAAUAAGCUGCCUAAGGGUUUCAGGGUUAAUUGUUACACUUGAAGAUUUAAGCUACUUAAGUUUGUUACACUUUAAAGAUUUUUCCAGAAAUGGUACUUCAGUUGAAGCAAGUAAAAUAAAGCAAAUAAUGAUUUAUGAUUUCACAGAAUUGCCUCUUCAUUUAGUUGAGUUGUAUCUGGUUUUUUAAUUGAACAUUUGGACAAGUAUUAAAUUAUGAAAUCAUUAAUGACAAUAAGUCUUGGACAAAUAUGUUAUUUUUUUUUUUUUUGCCAGGUUUCAUGACUUGCAGGCAAUUAUAUCUACUUUUACAUAUUUUUCGAGAAGAUUCAUUACCAGUAAUUCAAUAGUAUACACUGUUAUAAGUCUGUCUAGUAAUACAAUCUCGUUGGUAAAAUUAGAUUUUUGUUGUUCAUGAUAAUCAACAGGACUCUUAUUCGUAGACAACAUCACAUAUAAUAGAACAAAUAAAAUUUGACACUGGAGUUCUAACAUGUAUUUUAAUACACAUGUAUAUAUAAUUGUUUUGUUUUACGCUGUUAUUUGUUUCUUUUUUAUAAAUGGCAUGUUGUAUGAUCUUUGUUAAGUUUUUGUCCGUUAGUUCAAACUCAAAUCAUUUUGGAAAAAUUUACCAGUUAUGGCAUUAUCUCUCAAGAUAUCGAAGUAAAAUAUUUAGGAGUGUUUCUAUUUUUAAUGCCACAUUUUUGCCCACUGCUUUUACUAUGAAAUAAUUUAUACUCAUUUUGAACAAAAUGUUGGUAACACUUCGUCACAUGACUUUAUUACAUCUUGACAAUAUUGCUUGAUAAUUCAGGUACGUGUAACUGCUGUUAAGUGGCAUGAUAAUUCACCAAAAAAUGAACAAUUACCUCUAGUAUAUAUACCAAAUCUUAGCAAUAUUUACCGUAAAUAUCUAUAAGAGCGUAACAUGUACUUGCCUCAGUUUCUCUAACCAUGUUUUGUUUUAUUUAUCUGGUGUAAUGUUUUCAUUCUAAAGAGUUUUGAGUAAAAGGAUUUCUUUUAUGACAACAUGAUAAAGUAUUUAUUUAUUGUGUGUAAUCAAGUUUUAAAAAGUUAUUGGCUUAAUAAAAUAAGAUACUUACGUAAUAAGUUAUGUUUGUUAUGCUAAUUUGUUUUCAAUAGAAUUGGGGCCUGGUAUUUAAAUGGAACCCAUCACUUUUUUCACUCAUAAUUCUAUAGUAUUAUCAUACUAUUAAUAUGUAUUUCUGUGUUCAUUUUACAAUCAAUUUUGGUGUCUCUGUCAAAAGUCAAAAUGAUUGUCAGAUUACAUGGUUACUGUGUUAGAAGUUGAGAGGACUCGAUCAGAAGUCGCAGCGACUCUGUCAAGAGUCACAAUGACUAUUUCCGAGGUCAUGGCACCUAGGUCAGUGGUCAUGGGGAAUAUAUGUCAAAAGUCUCCAUGACUAUCAGUAUCCUGUAUAUCAGAAAUCAAUGACUUUGUCACCAACAACUUGUCUAGCCUGCUUUCUUCUACAAAACUCAUUUGUUAUGUUAUUUGUUGCAGGGUGAUUUUGCUUUGUUUGUUCAUGGAUUUGAAAUAUUUGUAAAAGAAUGUCACAUAUAUAGAGAAAAUAGUAUAUGUAUGGAAAUAAAAUUCAAAGUUUA